AAGACAAAUUCUGACUGCAUGAAUCAGCCAGAACUCCCACCCCUGGUGUCAUGUGUCCUUUGCCAAGAUGGUCAUGGCCAGCACAUUAGCCCCUCCUUACCUCCCGGGAUUAGUAGAGGGAGCACAGACUGCAGUGAGGAAGCUGUUCUUGAGAGAGCUAACAUCCGAGCAUUGGACUGCAGAGGCAUCCCUUCAAAGGACAUCUGUGAUCCGUCAGGAAGCGCCAAGACACUAAAGGGAAACCUUGAAACACAUAGUAAGUGUGUGACUCUGCUGGUCCCAGUCAGCUCCCGGACAGUGGUCCGCAGACAGACCGGCUGACCAGACACGGAGAGCGCAGCAGGCAUGGUUCUGCUGGAGGGAGCGGAGCUGGGCGAGACCAGGACCCGGGUUCGACUGGAGCCCUUCGCUCACCAGGUGGGGGGCCACACAUCGAUGCUGCACUACGACGAGACCACCCUCUGCAAGCCCCUCUUCUCCCAAGAGCAGGUCUUCUACGAGUCGCUGCCAGCUGACAUGAAGCCCUUCACCCCCCAGUACAGAGGACUCAUCUCUGUUUAUGUGGAGAAGGACAGCAGCGGGCACAUCAGCCUGGUCGCCUGCCCUCAGAAUGACAAUGAGAGCCCAGCCCAGGAGUCUCCCAUGGCAACAAAGAGGACACAACAGAGAGCCAAGACCCCCUGUGCAGCAGAGCACAAACCAGCCAGAGAGGGACUCCUGCUGGACAGAACCUGCAAUGACAGCAGAAGCAGUGUGUGCGGGACGGGGACGGGGAAGGGGAAGCGGGACGCCUCCUUCCACAUGAAGGAUCCCAACGGGAAUGAGAGUGCCACUCCAGAGAGGAGCAGCCACAACCCCUGGGGGCUGCAAUGCCACCGCGCCCAGCUCAUGCGCAUGUCCUCCGACAGCAAAGACAACGAGCCCUACAGGUUCCUGCUGCUGGAGAACGUGGCGUCCCCGUUCCAGCUGCCCUGCAUCCUGGACCUGAAGAUGGGCACGAGGCAGCACGGGGAGGACGCCUCAGAGGAGAAGAAGAGGCGCCACAUGAAGAAGUGUGAGCAGAGCACAUCCUCCUCUCUGGGCCUGAGGCUGGGGGGCAUGCAGUUGUCUUCCUCAGGUCUACCAGGCGACCACCGGCCAUUUCCUGUGCAGGAACAAGUACGACGGGCGGACGCUGACGGCAGAGGGCUUCCGACAGGCCCUGUACCAGUACCUGCACGACGGGCACCAGCUGAAGAGGGAGCUCCUCCAGCCGGUGCUGCAGAGGCUCAGUGCCCUGCGGGCAGUCAUCGAGCGCCAGGGCUCCUACCGCUUCUACUCCAGCUCGCUGCUCCUCAUUUACGAGGGCAAGAAGCACAGCCUGGGCCGGCACCCCGUCAGCGCCCCGCCCAGAGUCGACGUCCGCAUGAUAGAUUUCGCUCACACCUCCUACAGGGGCGCCACACCCAACCACACCGCGUACGAGGGACCCGAUCGCGGCUACAUUUUCGGGGUGGAGAACCUGAUUAAUAUGCUCCAGGAAAUCAAGGACGGGGACUGAAGCGGCUUUGCAAUGGACGUCUCGUCAGCCAUGCGCGCUGGAAACCGUGCCUUGACCCAGCGGGUUACAGGCAGCCUUUGCAACCCUGUUACUUAGCUUUAUACUUGAGGCUGCCGCUACAGAAGGCAUCUCAGCAGUAGAUGUGAUGUCAGUAGCACAGCGCGUUGUUUCAUGUGCCGAGUGCUCAUUUUCAAAAGCUGGAACGACCAGUUCAUCGAAGCAGUUUGCUAGAGGAUUCAAUACAAACACAUUGGAACUGGGGCGGGGGGUGGGGGGUUAAUGAAUGUGAAAGAAUGGCCACACUGCACAGAUACUUCCCAAACUACCACUGGCCACAAACUAACUUAGUGCAUCUGACUGUCAAACGCAUGCAAACUCAACAUGGUGCAUUUAAUAAAAUAUAUUCAAAAGCCCAAGAAAUGCAUGAAACAAGCAAAUACAGUACCGGGACUUCACAAGUGUGUUUCAAAGCCAAACAUCUUCCAAUUUUAGCAGCCACUGUGCAGAUCUUUGUGAGGAGAUUGAAGGAAACGUAUUUUAAAUGCUGCUUGUGCCCCACAAAGCUCUGGAGGAUUCAGGGCUGUGUUUAUACCGUGGCUCCCUGCACACCCACUGCUGCUCCUUGCUUGCUCUAUUGCUGGAAGAACAAUAACGAUCCUAUGUGCUCCUACUGUGGAACUCCAUGCCAGAACAUGUCAUCAAGUCUGAUUCUUUAAAAAAAACAAAAAACACUGGUUUAAAACUGACCUUGAACUGUUCAGGGCUCUGUCUAGAUAUGCUCAAUACACAGAAUAUUCUACUGUACUAAGGACAUUCCAGGCUGAAAUGUCCCAGAUUACUGCAAUAACCCUGCAAUAAACUUUGUUUUUUUUUUCCAGCUGAGUAUUUUGUAAAUGCAUUGUAGAUGGAAGCUUGUAAUCUGCAUUUUGUAUGUUUUAAAAAGAAACUGUGCUGAUGGAUUUAUGAUGGUGGGUUUGUUUUUCUGUAUAAUUGUCCAUUGCUAUAAGCAUCUGCUUGUGUUAUAUGGAGGUAUUUGCUGAUCACGGAAUGGAUGUUAUCUGAAAAUACCUGCUCGUGAAUGUUGCUUAAGUUUACACAAUUUCUCCAAGAUGUCAGAGAUAUCUGCAAGAGAGAAGGUAGCGAUGCCUGCGUCUGCAGUGUGCAAGGCAUUCGAAAGACUUGCCUGUUGCAACUGAUAAUAAACAUUAUUCUUAA